GUGCAGCUGCCACAGCAUUGCAGACAAUCACUGCUGCAAGAGGACUAAGGAAAGACAGACGGGUUUGGUAGCUCUCUCACCAGCUCCUCCUAAGUACUUAUCCAGCCUCCUAAAUACUUCUCCAGGCUCCAAACCAAAAAAAAAACUAAAGUAAAAAGAUAGCCCGAAAAAAGCUGGGGGAAAUUGCUAGAACAACAAAUAACUGCAGAUACUGGAACAUUCUUUCUAUACUUUUCUCUGCAAUAUCUGCCUGGAUACCCUCCUGCCACCAUUUUAUCCUGGAGCCCUGCUGUAUUUGGGAUUAUUGAGCGCUUUUAAGAAUCUUUAGCCUAGUGCAUGGCAACAGUGAUUUAAGUUUUCUUUUCUUUCCAACUAUUGACAACACCUUUACUUCAAGCUUCAGGAAUUUCCUUGGAGUGAGCGCUUGGGCAACAGUGAUUCAUUUAAUGUUCUGUGGAAAGUUGCAGAAUCGGCAGAUUAACUACUUUACUUUCCCCUGGGGGGGUCUGCGCUGUAGCUUCACUCUAGAGAUCGUAUUAUAGUCUAUAGUCUGUUUCCUUUACCAGCUUUCACUCUGACUCUUUUUCCUGCUGGUGUGGAGUACUAUAGGAAAGCCUCGAGAACCACCAGUCUUUAGUGACACAUAUUGACGGUUUCUAAAAGGACAUUGCAGGACUGCUGUGAGAAGCUUCGCCGAUCUGUACCAGUCUGUGGAGAAGUUUGAGGUCAUCACAGCAGCUGGUACUGUAUAUAUAAUUUAUAAGGGUGUUAAAGUGAAGAUGAAGUGGAAAGCUACAGUGUGUGCCUCUGCACUGCUCUGCCUUGGGGUCCUCCUGACGUGGAGUGCUCCUGCUAGCUCACAGGCCGUCCUCACGGAUUAUAACAUCACAGAGUUCCAAAAGGGCUUCCUCCCGCAGGGGAGGGAGGGGGAGGUCCAGGAGUAUACCGGCCUGGACACUGGGGAGAAGGCUGUGAAGACAAAAUCGAAGAAGUCUCCCGAAGAAAUCCUUGCAGCCAAGGCGAAGAAAGCAGCUGAGAAGGAAGCCAAAGUCAAGAAAGAGAAAGAGCCCAAACCCACCAAGAAACCCAAGCCUCCCAAACCCACCAAGAAACCGAAACCCCCAAAACCAACAAAGAAACCGAAACCCCCGAAACCGACAAAGAACCCUAAACCCCCCAAACCAACAAAGAACCCUAAACCUCCGAAACCAACCAAGAAACCCAAAGGCAAGAAGAAAACAGAGGAAAAGAUACUGGAGGAGAAGACACCAGAGGAACCUAAGAAGAAGCCAACACUGGAGGAGGAAGAAGAGCGAGUUCUGACUGAGCUUGGCUGGGACAAAUUCGAAGCCACAGAACCCCCGACUGAAGCCGAUAAGAAUAAGAUUUACACAGAGAAAGUUGAUAUUUACCCACCACCAGAGAUCCCUGUAACAACUGAUAUUGAACAAGAAAGAGAAGAGAGGAGAGAAGAUGACGACUAUUGGGAUAUAAAAUAUGAGCUUCCAGAACCCCCUACUGAUGGAAUGACAGACUUCAGUGAGCCCUACACUGAGGACUGGAGACUCUACCCAACAGUGGAACGUGAGGAACCCACCCCUCCUCCAGAGGAAGGCACAUGGUUGGAUGAGUAUGACUAUGGAGACAGAAAGAAGGAAAAGGAGGAAGCAGAGGAGAGAAGGAGAGAGGAGGAGAAAGCCAAACCAAAGAAAGAGAAAAAGGAGGAGAAUGAACCAGAGCCAGUGGAUCCACUCUACACUACACCACAGAAAUGCCCGCCCCUUGGCUUGGAGUCCCAUCGCGUGGAAGAUGACCAGCUGCUGGCCUCCUCGAUGUUACGGCACGGCCUGGGUCCACAGCGUGGCAGGCUAAAUAUGCAGUCAACUUUUCAGGCUGGCAAAGAAGAAGAUGACUACUAUGAUGGGGCCUGGUGUGCUGACAGCGAGGAAACACAGCACUGGUUUGAGGUAGACACCAGGAGGAACACCAAAUUCACUGGAGUGAUCACCCAGGGCAAAGACUCUCAGACACACAACGAUUUUGUCACCUCGUACUUUGUGGCCUUCAGCAAUGACAGCACCACAUGGAAUGUGAUCCAUGACGGCUAUGCAGAGUGGUUGUUUUUCGGGAAUGUGGAUAAGGACACGCCUGUGAUCUCAGAGUUCGUUGAGCCAGUGGUGGCUCGGUACAUCCGAAUCCUUCCUCAGAGCUGGAACGGGAGCCUGUGCAUGCGUCUGGAGGUCUUGGGCUGCCCUGUGUACUCCCCAAACAGCUACCAGUACAGACAGAAUGAAGUGACUUCGCUGGACGACCUGGACUUCCGGCAUCACAACUAUAAAGAGAUGAGACAGAUGAUGAAGGUGAUCAAUGAGGAGUGUCCCUCCAUCACACGCAUCUACAACAUUGGCAAGAGCUCCCAGGGGCUGAAGCUGUACGCCAUGGAGAUCUCGGACAACCCUGGAGAGCAUGAGACAGGCGAGCCGGAGUUCCGGUACACAGCCGGUCUCCACGGCAACGAGGUGUUGGGGCGGGAACUGUUGCUCUUGCUAAUGCAGUUCAUGUGUAAGGAAUACAAUGACGACAACCCACGAGUGCGCCGCCUAGUGGAGGGAACGCGCAUCCACUUGGUGCCCUCCUUGAACCCUGACGCCUACGAGCUUGCCUACGAGAUGGGGUCAGAGCUGGGUAACUGGGCACUGGGCCACUGGACAGAGGAAGGCUAUGACAUCUUUGAGAACUUCCCCGAUCUCAACACCAUCCUGUGGGGCGCGGAGGAAAGGGGGUGGGUUCCCCGCAUUGUGCCCAAUCACCACAUCCCUAUCCCAGACAACUUCCUAUCACAGAAUGCCUCGGUUGCCAUAGAGACGCGAGCCAUCAUUUCUUGGAUGGAAAAGACCCCGUUCGUGCUGGGAGCGAAUAUCCAUGGGGGAGAGCAGCUUGUGACCUACCCCUUCAACAUGGUGCGUCCGUCGGGUGGGUCAACGGGGUCUCGACGCGAGAGGCAGCACCAUGAGGAGGAGGAGGGCGGGGGGCAGUACGAGAACCUCUCGCUCCAGGAGACUCCGGACGACUCAGUAUUCCGCUGGCUGGCCAUCUCCUUCGCCUCCUCCCACCUAACCAUGACUGAGACCUACCGGGGGGCCUGUCACACAGACGACCUCACAGGGGGGCUGGGCAUCCUCAACGGGGGAGCCUGGAAACCCACCACUGGCAGUAUGAAUGACUUCAGCUAUCUGCACACCAACUGCUUUGAGCUGUCCAUCUUUGUGGGCUGUGACAAGUUCCCUCACGAGAGCGAGCUGCCUCAGGAGUGGGAGAACAACCGGGAGGCACUCCUGGUGUUCAUGGAGCAGGUCCAUCGUGGGAUCAAGGGGGUGGUAACUGACCGGGAAGGCAAUGCAAUUGCUAACGCCACCGUCUCUGUGGAUGGAGUCAACCAUGACGUUAAAACAGCCACCAACGGAGACUACUGGCGUCUGCUGAACCCGGGCGAGUACCGGGUGACUGUGCGAGCCGAGACCUUCACCUCCAGCACCCAGGUGUGUGUGGUGGGCUAUGAGAUCGGUGCCAGCCCCUGCAAUUUCGUCCUGGCCAAAUCAAACUGGAAACGUAUCCACGAGAUCAUGGCCCUGAACGGCGGGAGACCUAUUCGACUGUUGAACAGGAACAUCACCAGGAACGGGAACGGGAAAGGCAACAGAGGGAUAGGGCUGGGGCCCAGGGCGCGUAGAAUGCGUUUGCAGCGUCUGCGCAUGAUGAGAAUGCGACGGCUCCGCCAGCAAAAACUGCUAGCCAGUGCAACCACCACCCUGCCACCCACAACCACCACCACCACCACCCUCCCUCCCACCACUCUGCCCAUAAUACAAACAACCACGGAGCCGGACUACCCUUUUGCUUAUAAAGAGGAUGAUUAUCUCGAACCCACUGAGCAGAAUUACCAUUUUGAAUAUAAACAAGAGGAUUAUCCCGAACCCACCGAGCAGAAUUAUCCUUUCGGGUACAAGGAGGACGAUUAUUAACAACUUUUUUUAAUAACCGCUCGGGCCACUUUAGAGACGGGCAUAUAAAAUAAUAGGAUCCUGACUUGCAGGAGUCUGCUGGUUGCUUGGUUACAUGAUGUGCUGAAGCAUGUCUGCUGGUUGCUUGUUACAUGAUGUGCUGAACCAUUCUUCAAGCAUGCUUUACAGUAUCUCUGGAUUGGGUGGGCGGGGCUUACAGUGUAGUGGUUGGGAUCAGUCUGUCAUAUACACAAAGAAAAUCAUUGACAGAAAUCUAAACAUAUAAAUGCUGUUAUUUCUCUGAUCUUGCUUAACAAUACUGUAUUACAGUUAUCCUGGUUCCAGGUUGUUUGGAUAAUUGUUCUUUUGACUGUAACAAAAUACAGUAUCUUUUUACAA